AUAUAUUUCUAUAUUUUAUAGUUUUGCCAUCAACAACAUAUUCUAAAAUUGUUGCAUUCAUUUGGGGUUUCGUUAAUGCAGUGAAAAAGUUCAAUGAUUUAACGAUUUUGGAGAAGCUAGUACUACUCAUGUCUAAAGGAGAGGUGAAAGAAGUAGAUGUAUCCUACACAAAUGUGGAAACCAAUGAUCAUGUACUCGAUAUCGUGCAAGAAGAAGAGGAAGAAGAAGAUCUUGUACAAUCAAUUCGAGAAAAGAUGGAAAAUACCUCGAGUUUUCAUCGUAUCAACAGAGUUCCCGAUGAACCUAAAAAGAAAAGCGAACAUAGUUACUCACCUAAGUUAGUCUCGAUAGGUCCUCUUCACCAUGGUGUUGACAACCUUAAGGACGCGGAGGAACACAAGUGGUGUUAUCUCAACACACUUGUUAGUAGAAAACCUAUAAACACAGAAACCAUAUUAGAGAAUUGUGUUCAAACACUUAGAAGUUUAGAGGACAAAGCAAGAAAAUGCUAUGGUGAAAACACAAAUGAGCAUAUUGGAAGUAAUGAAUUUGUCCAAAUGAUGUUACUUGAUAGUGGCUUUCUCAUUGAGCUCUUCAUCAAGUUUGCUAUAAAGGGAUUUCGACGUAGAGAUGACAUGUUCUUUAGCGAUUCUGAGAUGUUCUUUCGUCUCAGAUGUGAUUUGAUUCUGAUGGAAAACCAAAUCCCUUUCUUCGUCCUUCACCAAGUGUUUCAUUUGGUUCCCAUCCCUAAAGAGUGUACUACUUACUCCCUCAUUCAACUUGCCUUACUCUUCUUUCGGAAGUUGAUCCCCGGAGAAGGAGUUGUAAGUACAGCGAGAUACAGUCCGGAUAUUCACCAUUUACUGGACUUAAUACACCAUUGUUACCUCCCAACAAGUCUGCAAAUUCACUCAAAUGGAACACAAAAACAUAUGCAUAAUGUACUGCAUCUGCGUCAUGUAUUAGGGAUCAAGUUCAAGAAAGCAAUAAGUGAAAGUGUAAUGAAUAUAAGACUUACCAAAAACAAAGUAUUGGAAAUCCCAACAUUAAAACUACAUAGGUACUCUGAGGUUUUGUUCAAGAACAUGGUGGCAAUGGAGCAAUGUGGUGGCAGGAAGCACGUCGCGUCGUACGUUUACCUCAUGAAGAGUCUUGUAAGGUCUGCAGAAGAUGCAAGUUAUUUAACAGAAAGGGAGAUUUUGGAUAGCAGUUUGUAUAAUGAUGAAAAGAUUUAUCAACUAAUGGAGGAGCUUAAUGUGAAACUUGAUGUUAAAGAUUUCUAUUAUAGUGGACUUUGUGAGAAAGCUAAUGGCUAUAAGAAGAAAAAUGUGUGGAAAGAAUGGAGGCAGAAAAUUAGCAGUGUGUAUAAAAAGACUGUCAAAGGAAUUUCAUGCUAACAUUUUUAUUG